CCACCGCGUAUCCUGUUUCUGUAGGGGAGCUAACGGUGGCUGCAGUCGCACAUAUGGCCAUCGCCCGGCCUCGGGGCUUUACUGUGUAGCUUCUUUGUUUGCGGAGUUUACGGGGAUGAGGGUGUAGAGCGGACCCGCUGAAUCAGGAGGAUAACGUGUUCGCUGUUCGCCUCCAUGAGAAGGCAGGAGAAUGAUCGCAUCCUUAUCCAGAGGAAAUGUGCUGGACGUGCUGCAGGAGGGCUUCAAUGAGCAACAGCUGGCGGCGUAUGUGUCCUGGGUCAAUGCCCAGCUGAGGAAGAAGCCUGGUGUGAUGCCAGUGAGUGACCUCCGGCAGGAUCUUCGAGAUGGCGUGGUGCUGGCAUACCUCAUUGAGAUAGUAGCUGGUGAGCUACUCGAAGGCAUCCACUACUCACCAAGGGAUAACCAAGAAAAGAAAGAAAAUGUGGAGAAAGUAUUGCAGUUCGUAUCAUCCAAGAAGAUACGCAUGCCUCAGACCUCUGCCAGAGACAUUGUGGAAGGGAACCUCAAGUCCGCCAUGAGGCUCAUCUUGGCCUUGGCUGCACAUUUUAAGCCAUCUGCCUCAGCCAAUCACAGAGCAGGCGCUGGUCUGAGUAGGAGCUCAGCAGGAUCCUUAGCCAGUCACAGGCCUCAUUCCACAAUGGCCAUGGCCCAGAAUGCAGCAGCAGCCCUGGCAGCCGCCCGGCAUGAUGCCUCCUGCUCAGGCCGUAGUGUCCUCCACCUCAGACAAGACUGGCACAGCCGAAGCUCCAGUGCUGAUGAGGAGAUUGAUAACCCAUGCUGGAGUGUGCGUGCUCUGGUUCAACAGUAUGAGGGACAGAAAGGAACAUCUGAAGAGGACCCAGAAACAGGACCUUCAAGCCUGAGCUCUCCCAGCCCCAUCCACACCCCCAAAGACUCCAUCAGCUUAUUAGAGGAAAAGGGGCAGUUCUUGGACAGCCAAUCAGCAGACAUCAAAUCUAAAGCAGACAGUGUAGUUCAGCUUGUAUUAUGUGGCACAAGAGCUGCCCCAGAGCAAGAGCAUGAUGGGAUGUGUGUGCGGAGCUGCACCUGGGAGGAGCAGCUGUGGGAGCAGCAGGAGCAGCUGGAGAGGGAGAUGGUGGAGGCCAGAAGAAUGGUGUCUAGCCUACAGGCCUUGCUUCUGCAUGGAUCCUUACCUGAAGAUGAGCAGGAGGUCUCUCUGAGCUUGGGAGAGGGAGUUGAAAAUGCAGAGCAACAAUUGGUAAUAAUCCGCAGUCGUCUUGACCAGAGCAUGGAGGAGAGUCAGGAACUGAAGAGGGAGCUGUUGAAGUAUAAACAGGAGGCACGUAACCUGCAAGGAGUCAAAGAUGCUCUACAGCAGCGUAUGGCUGUUCAGGAGACCUCCGUGCUGCAGCUUAAACAGGAACUCCUACGCACCAGCAUGAACCAGGAUGAACUGGCUGGACAAAAUGCUGAUCUCCAGAGGAAGCUGGAGGAAAGAAACAGACUUCUCAGUGAAUACAAGAAAGAGUUGGGGCAGAAGGAUCGCAUGCUACAGCAACAGCAGCUCAAGCUGGAUGAUGCAUUGCGUAAGCUUACAGACUGCAACAACCAGCAGGCUGAACUGCAGAGGGAGUUGGAGCACAAACAGGUGGUUCUGCAGGAGCUGAUGAGCCAUGAGCAGGAUGAGAUUCUUGUUUCUCAAAGCAAUGGCUUCUCUCAUCCAGCAGCCGUGGAGCACAGUGUGACACAAUCACACAAAGGGGCAGAGGAGCUGCAGCUGGUGAGAGAUGCUCUACGCAGUCUGAGGAACAGCUUUGCAGGUCAUGACCCUCAGCAUCACACCCUGGAUACGCUGGAGCAGGGCGUGGCCAGUCUUAUGGACCGCCUCUAUGCAGUGGACUCGCACCACAAGCAAGAGCGAAAGGUGAGAGCGAAGUCUCCAAGACAUAAGGCCCCUCACACAGACAGAGACUCCUGGCCCUCUAGCACCAAAAUGUCCCACUCUCACAGCAGCCCUGCACUCAGCUCUUCAGCUUGCACCAAGGUCCUUUACUUUACAGACCGCUCCCUCACACCUUUUAUGAUCAACAUCCCCAAGAGGUUAGGGGAAGUUACGCUUCGAGACUUUAAGGUGGCUAUAGACAGAGAGGGCAGUUUUCGAUACCACUUCAAAGCUCUGGACCCUGAAUUUGGUACCGUGAAAGAGGAGGUGUUCCAGGAUGACGCAGUGGUGCCAGGAUGGGAGGGCAAGAUUGUGGCAUGGGUGGAGGAGGAUCAUGGGGAGGGCAGGGUCUGACUGGAUGCCUGAGGGAACCCACAUCCAUGCAGGGAUUAGAUGGAGAAGAAAGGAGAUGGAGGGAACUGUGCCAAACUGCCAAAACGUUUGUGCUUGUGUCAGAUGUACAGCAGCUGAGCUGAAUACCUCUCUCUCUCUCUUCAGUGUACCGUUAUCUCUCCUGUGUGAUUCAACCAACAGCAGCAGGACGAGAGAGGGAACACCAGGCUGCAAGACACGAGGGAGGCGGGUCAAAAAGCCCUCCUUGUCGCCUCUGUGUUCUCAGCAGUGCUGUUAGCAUAUCGGCAGAACAGACUUCUGAACCCUUAGCCUUUCCCAAAUGGAUUGCCAUAGAACAGAGAUCCAUUUCUAGCAGAAUCUUUAGAAACAGCGUGUCAAACAUGUGUUUCACUGUGAGUACAGGAAUAUUUUGUUCACAGUUUCAACAGAGUCUUAGAUUCCUGUUUUAUGACAGGUGGAAACUGCCAGUUUUGAUAUGCUAUAUGACCUUUGUUUCUUUUUUGCAGUAGAAAGAGAGAUUAGACCGAGAUUGUGUGAUAUUAUAGGUGAAGAGUAAGUGAGCAGAAUGUUGUGUAUGUUUGAAAUACUUCAGGAGGGAAGGUGGAGUGUGCUUAUGCCUUGAUAUGAGAUUUUUUUUUUCUCCAGACGUAUUAUUAUUAUUAUUAUUAUUAUUGACACUGUAGAAGUAUUACUAUAAGAGUUAUCAAAUGCACACAGCUGCCUCCAGCACUAAAGCACUGAAGGAUUACUGGAGGUCUUGUGAUGUCAGCUGGACCUGUAAUCCAAGCAUUUGAAGAUCUGUGUGUGUGUCUGUGUGUAUGAGGGUAUGUGAUGCCUUCAGUGAAGGCCAGGCCCAUAACAAAAAUUUGCUUUCUCUCUCUCUCUCUCUCUCUCUCUCUCUCUCUCUCUCUCUCUCUCUCUAUAUAUAUAUAUAUAUAUAUAUAUAUAUAUAUAUAUAUAUAUAUAUAUAUAUAUAUAUAUAUAUAUACAUAUAAUCUUGUUUUUGUUGUUUUUAUGAUCCUGUUUGUUAGUUAACUCUCUCAAGGUUGGGUUGUCUGGACCAUAAAUUAAUUUCAUAAACACUUUAUUCAGUGCUGGCUCAGAUUCUCAUAAAU